AGAACGUUGUCAGCUCUAAUGGCCGCCAACAGCCGAAAUGGCCGAGAUAUACGAGAGCCUUUUAGGCGAAAUUUUGUCAGAAUGCGGCGGUAAAAAUUGGCAAACGGCCGACGAAUACCUGCGCAAAAAAUAUGAUUUAGAUCUGCCUAGAAAUUUAACUGUUCCGCUCAAGGUCCUCGGAAAAUUCGACGGUAAAACCGAAACUUCUGAGGAAUCGGAAGAAGAAGAUAUUAUAGAUGAAUUAGAUAGGAGAUUAUACAGUCGAGGACCUUGUGUCGACUUUUUGCUCGUCAAAUGUAGGGUCUGCGGGCACGUUUUAAGGGCACAGGGUUUAAAAUACCAUAUAACUUCACUUCAUAGGGAUGUCGCAAUUAACUAUAAACGAAAACGCAGGAGGAAUCAAUCCAUUAAUACCACAGAUGUAGAUGAAUGGGCUGACAUCGUCGGUGAAAAUGGCUGGAUCAAGCAGGAACCGGAAAUAGAUGUAAAAUACGAACCUGAGCCCGAAGUCAAAUAUGAUCCAGAACCACCUGAAAAGUUACUUUUGGAUGAUGAUAGUGACAUCAGUCGUAGAAGCUCGGCUGACUUCUCGUUCGCCGUAAGCCCAGCAGAAGAGAAAAAGAAAGAGACAAACGUUCGUAGUUCUCAUUCAACUGUAGCUGCUAUUCUAUCAUCGAAAAACAUUACAAAUGAGAAAGAUAGCCAAAGAAGAAAUUCACAUGGAGAGAAGAAUGGUGGAAAAGUCAAAAAUCAUAAAUUAUUACCGUGUAAAGAUAGGCAAUUUGAUCCAGAUAAACAUUGCGGUGUUUGGUUAGAAGAACAGAAGCGACAAUGCACUCGAUCUUUAACCUGCAAAACUCACGCUCUUUCUUUGAGAAGAGCUGUAAAAGGACGCUCAAAAGCAUUCAAUCAGCUUCUACAGGAACACAGAGAUGAACGAAAGGCAAGGAACUCUUCCGCAGGCGCCACUCCACAUCCAACUGUUAAUACAACUACGGCUACAGUCUCUACUAACAACAACAGCAACAAUAUUAAUAACAACAACAAUAAUAAUAAUAAUAAUAACAACAAUGGAACGAUAAUAGACCAGAAGCCGAAAUCUCUAAAAACUCUCCAGUAUACUAGUCUUUCACCUUCGGAAAGAUCAUUUCGUCCACAAUCUAGGUAUUUAGAUAUGCGAUAUGAGGACGACAGUGACUCGGAGGAUGAAACUUCGACCUCUAUUACCUUAUACCCGUUGGCCGCAAAUAAUUGGCAUUGCUCAAACUGCCCGAAGGGACCUCGUAUUUUCUCCCGAACAGUGAAUCUUUUUCGGGCCGCUGCUAAGUCAAUACUAGAGCCAAAACCAGCAAAGCCUCCACAACCAGUACCUACGACUCCGUCUAUUACCCUAACUUCAACAAAUAAUUUCUUGAUAAGCUGCGGUGGACUAAAAAUUAAGGAUGCUGUGUCUGGAGGAAUGCAACCACCAGCUAAGAAACUUUGUUUGGAAUCAAAUCAAAUUGGCUUAAACGAAUCUACAAGGCAAAUUGGUAUAGCUCAAAAAUUGACAUCUGGCUCGCCAACUACGACUUCGACAGCAAUGCUCCAUCUAAAUGGGACAAGUCUGAAUAUAAAUGCUUUAAAACGAGAUAGAAAUAGGAAUAACGUCCCUCAAACAACAGUUCCUACCAACUUAUCAACAGUAACGACAGCUCAGCAACAAAACAAAGGAGUCAAUAUAGUUGUUGCAAGUGUAGACCCCACUCAACUGGUCAAUGGCCAGUUGGUUGGUUUGCAAUGGAACAACUUACUUAAACAUUUUAAGCAGACGACUACAUCUAGUCCCCAAGCAGACCAAUUAAAACAGCAUUCACCGAAGCCAAUAGCAAUCGUUAAUGCCCAAAAAUUUCAAAAGAUUACCCCUAAUUCGACGCAACAGCUAACAGCUCAGUUCGUGGCAGCUCAACGACAACAACAACAACAGCAGCAAUCAACUCCAAUGCCGCAAACAUCGAAAAUACUCACUAGAUCGCGGGGCGUUAACAAAGUGAACGCUAUACAACCGCUUUCACUGACCAUUCCAAUCGUUCAAGCACCUCCUAACAGACCAACUCUACUCGUCCAAAAUGAUGAUGGUGGGCAAACUCUACAAAAUAAUACUGUCAUGUAAGGCUAACGGUGGGGAUAAUCUUUCUGCAACAGAUGGUUACAGCGUUAUCUAAUACGUAACUCUUAUUACAUUUGGUGAUAAAAGUGGUCGUGACUGGUUUUUAAUAGCAAAUACUUCUAAUAGUAUCUUUUUAUUGAGGAUAUUUUCAUGCAGAUUUAAAAGAUUUUCCAUUAUUAAAGCAAAUUUGUCGAUUUCGUGUUGUUAACGAACGAAUAGAUAAAAUAACAUUGAUUUAUUUUUUCUUCCAGUCAACUUAAAAAUAUUUAAUUAGUAUAAUUGACUAUAAUUAGCUCCCUGAUAUCACACGAAUGACUUUUCAACAUUAUUCUUAGUUUUAAAAUUGCACUUGUUAUUCGUUCUAUUGUUAUUCGUCAAACUUUUUAUGCCUCUUUAUUUAUUCUGCCGUAUUGUAUAUUACUUUUAAAAGAGCAAGAAGGCAGCAGAUUUCUGAAUAGUUAAACUAAUUUCUAAUUUAUUUAUCAUUUAACAUAAUCAAAAUAUUAAAGAUUAUAACUUUUGAUUAUUAUUUAAAUCCAAGUUUCCUUUUUUAGCAUAUUAUUAAGAAUAUAAAAAUAUAUUCAAUAUAGGAAGCUUAUGUUAUCAAUUACGUUAUAUUCGCAUUAGUUAUGAAACCGUCCUUUCCUCUUUUCUAUGUUUCAUUAAAAAAACAAGUAACUGAAUAAUAAUCAAAAAAGGAUAUUAGUAGGGAAGUACUUUUGGCCGUAUAACUGUUACAAUUAACGAUAAAAGAAAAACAGCUCUGGCAAUAGAUUUCAUAAUAAUUUUUCAUCUUACUCCUUGAAUGAAUGCCAUUUGUUGCAGAGGUAAUCCCAUAGUGUUUCCAAACAUUACGUAGGAAACUAUAGAUAUAUAUAUAUAUAUAUUAGUAUGUUUAUAUAAUUAUUUAUGGUGCUCCUUUCAAAGGUUGAUAUAAAAAAAAGGUAGGAGAUAAAGAUAAAGGCAAGAUUAAGGAAGAAUUAGGCUAUUUUUUCAUAUCAUAAUUUUUUAUGGCAAAUUUUGUUAGCUUCUUUUAAAAAUUCAUUGUUAACGUCUCAUUUAUACAUAAUUGAUUAUUAAAAUUUAAUAUUUUUCAAAUAUGACUUUAUUAAGAUAUUCCUAGUUAAGAGCAUAAGUUUAAUGAAAGCCGCUUUUCUUUAAGCUUAUGUUGACUGUUUUAUCUCCAGCAGGAUCCAUAAACUCUUUUCCCGACAUAUCUGUAAAAUUCUGACAGGACAAGAUUUCGGAAUCUUCAACCUGGAUAAAAACACACUUUUCAGUAACAUUUAAUGCUUUCCUAUAGUAUUUUCAUACCAUUUUCAACUGAGUAUAAUUUGGAUGAUGAUGCUUAUAAAUGGGAUCAUUAUCAGCUCUGUUGUAAGACAAUAAUAAACACCAUCUUCUAAGAUCGCUAUCAUUCUUAUCCGAUGU